UUAGUUGAAGUUGCUGAACCUGAGGGCAUUGAUCAGCCAGUGUUUCAUCACCAUGUGACAAACUACAGUCUAGUGUUGAGAGGGAGUUAAAGACUUUGUACCUUUAGAAGAGCGAUGGUAGCGUUCUGAUGAAGUCAGCCAUGUUGCUCAGGGUCUUCGUCAUCUUCGUUUUCAUCCUCCAGGACUCCCAGCCGGCUUCAGUCUUUCUGGAGCGACAGCAGGCCAACGGCGUCCUGGUCCGGACUCGCCGGUUCAACUCCGGCUGGUUUGAGGAGCUGAAGGUGGGAAAUCUGGAGAGGGAGUGUUUGGAGGAGAAAUGUAGCUUCGAAGAGGCCAGAGAGGUGUUUGAGCACGACGAGAUGACGAACGAGUUCUGGAAACGGUACUCCAUCCCUGACAGAUGCACGUCGGGUCCCUGUCAGAACGGAGGAACCUGCAUCAACAACGAAGAGUCCUACACCUGCUUAUGUCUUCCUCAGUUCAUGGGACUCAGCUGUGAGUUCGAGCAGCAGACGGAGUCUGACAGUUGUCUGCUGCAGAACGGAGGCUGUGAUCAUUUCUGCGAUGAAGACGCGUUUGGACGAAGGCUAGCAUGUUCAUGUGCUGAUGGUUACGAACUGGACACAGCUGGACGCAGCUGCAUCACUAAAGCACCAAUAGCGUGCGGCACGGUCCCCGUCCUACAGAAAGCAACCAAAGACAUGCAUCUGCUGAGGAUUGUGGGGGGAACCGAAUGUCCGAAAGGUGAAUGCCCCUGGCAGGUUUUGCUGACGUAUAAAGACAAAGGUUUCUGUGGAGGAGUGAUUUAUAAACCGACAUGGAUCCUCACAGCAUCUCACUGCCUGGAGAACAUCAACCCGCAGUUCCUGAAAGUGGUUGCAGGUUCGAACGACAUCUCGGUCAACGAGUCCACUGAACAGGUCAUCCAAGUUGUAGAGAUCAUCAUGCACGAGAAUUACGUGACCAGUACUGUUGACAACGACAUCGGCCUCCUACGCUUAGCGUCUCCCAUAGUUUACUUUGUCGCUGUCCCGAUCUGCCUGCCAACUCGGCCGGCCGAACGGGACCUCUGGGCGGUGGACCUGCACACGGUGAGCGGCUGGGGCAGGCGGGGCGAGAACGGGCCCACCAUCCUCCUCAGGCGCACCAAGGUGCCCCGCAUCCGGAAGCAGACCUGCACAGAGCAGAGCGGCGUGCUGCUCACCGACAACAUGUUCUGUGCCGGGUACCUGGACGGCCGGACGGACUCGUGUAAAGGCGACAGCGGCGGCCCAUUGGUGACGAAGUUCAAGAAGACGCACUUCCUGUUAGGGAUCGUCAGCUGGGGGAAGGGCUGCGCCCGACCAGGCAACUACGGCAUCUACACCCGAGUGUCCAACUACCUGGAGUGGAUCCAGAACCGAACAGCAACACCAGCGCAGAGCGGAAACGCCACAGAAACCGUCCCCAGCUCUGCCACUGUAACUGUACAGUAACCUGAAUCAUUUAUCCAACAGAUGGAGAGUAAACUGAAACAUGACUUCCUUUCUUCAGGUGCCAUAUGCAAACUAACUUCAAUUAACAGCAAUAUAUAUAGGAAGUAAAACACUUAAAAUAAAAUAUUUUCCUAUAUAUGUUCAUAUAGGUCACCAUUUAAUUAGAAAAACUAAUUUAAAAUAUUUAUUUUGUAAACUAAGUGUUUGCACUUAGUUCUACAGUUAGCUUUCUGCUAACUAUUUAUCUAUCAAACUACUUAGGUUGUAUCCAAAUAUUUAGUUUGCUAAUAUUUGUUUAAUUUAAUGUUCAGUUUGUUAAAAUACUUAGCAUGCUAACUAAAUAUUUUGAUUGCCAACUGAAUAUUUAGUUAACAACCAUUUAGUUAGUUGUUAACUAAAUAUUUAAUUUGCUAAUUGAAUAUUUAGUUUGGUAACAGAAGUAUUUAGCUUACUAUUUAGCUCACUAAUUAAGUAGUGUGUCAACUAAAUAUUUUGAUUACUAACUGAAUAUUCAGCUUAACAAAAAUAUUUAGCUCACUAGCUGAAUAUUUAGUUUGCCAACUAAUUAUUUUGAUUGCUAACUGAAUAUUUGGGUUGCUAAUUUAAAAUUUAGUUUGAAACUGUGGCAUUUAUACAUGUUUCGGUCCAAAUGCCGUUUUUAGGGUUUGUUGUGUAGAAGACUAACGGUUUAUGUCAUUCAUUUGUUUAAAUGAGUUAAUAAAGAAAAUAUUAUAUAAUUUGUG